AUGCCUUUUCAAAGCCCGCUUGUAUUAAGCUUGACUGCGCUGGUCGUCACGCUGAUCGCCAUAGUAUGGCGCAAAGUCUACCCGACCCCGUACCCCGGCAUCCCAUAUAAACAGAAGUCAGCUGGUCGUAUCGCCGGCGACAUUCCUGAUAUGGUGCCAGUGACCCAAGCAACAAACGAGUUUUCUGAUGGUCUAUUUUCCGUCACGACCCGGGAGCUCGGGGUACCGAUUGCGCAGUUCCUAUUUCCUGGCAUACGCAAUCCUCUCAUCGUUCUCGAGGAUCCUAGAGAAAUUGAAGACAUCACCCUUCGCCGUAACAAGGAAUUUGAUAAGGCUCCAAUGGCAAUCGAUAUACUCGCCCCCAUGUUUCCACGUGGAUCUAUCAGCCAAUACACCACACCGGAGUUGAAGGCCCAGAAGCGCUUGUGGGCUGACGUGAUGGGUUCGGAAUUCCUGCGCAAGGCCGCGGCGCCGAACAUAUACAAAGCCACUCUCGAGCUAUUAGACCUUUGGCGACUCAAGGCGUCGCUUAUAGACCACCCUUUUAGUGUCCACGAGGACUUCCAGAACGUGGCUCUGGAUGCUAUUUGGGUCGCCGUUGUUGGUGAAGAGCCCGGAGUAACGAGGCACGAGAUACACAAAUUGCGAAGCCAAAACGCUAGUCAUACUAACGCAGACAAUGGCGCAAACUCGAGUGAGCCACCUCGUGAGAUCGGAUCAGUCAUGAGGAAUGCAGUCGAACGGUUUCAACGUCUUGAAAUCGGAAAUCUGGAGGCGGGUGAAUUCGAUACAUGCAUGAUGGAUCUAGUUCUUCGAUGUCAAGUUGUCGAAGCUAAGAAGGCCAAAAGGCCCCUUACCGACCCAACCAAGGAUCAGAAUAUGCUCGAUGAAAUGUUCGUCAUGCUUGUUGGGGGUCACGAUUCCACUGCCAAUGCUCUUACCUGGUGUGUUCGGUAUAUGGAAGCUUUUCCAGAUGUCCAGGACGAAUUACGUACAGCUCUCAAAGCUGCCUUUUCGAGCGUUCAGCCCCCCGUGGAAGAGAUCCUUUCAGCCGACGUUCCUUACCUUGAUGCUACGUGCGAAGAGGGAUUUCGCCUUGCUGGCGUGGCGAAGGCUAAUGUUCGCAGAGCUCUGGUAGAUACGGAAAUCCUAGGUUGCAAGAUACCAAAAGGAGCAGAGAUCAUUAUGAACUAUCACCUUAAUCGCGACCCCGUUCCAGUGGAAGAGUCAAAGCGCAGCCUUAGCAGUCAAGCCGCCGCAACGAAGUUCGAGGAUGGAUUACGUGCUGACGCGGGCCGCGAUAUUGCAAGUUUUUAUCCAAGAAGGUGGUUACUAAAAAAUACCAGCACUGGCAAGGAGACAUUCAAUCCACAUGCCUUACCAUCGCUAGCGUUUGGUGGUGGUUAUAGGGGUUGCGCAGGACGCAAACUUGCAUCGAUGGAAUUUCGUAUUGUCGUUGUACUGCUGGUGCUUAAUCUGGAGUUCUUAGAGCUUCCAGAAGAGCUCAAAAUCAUGCGUGCUACAGAAAAGAUUUUCCGGCAGCCAGAUAUGCCGUAUGCGAGAGUAAGGGCCCUAUAA